AUGACGGAAGAAGAGGAAAACCUCUAUUGGAUCGAACAGGAGGAACUUGCCGAAAGGCAAACUGAGAUUACUCGCCGCGAACGCCGACAAGCUCGGAAAACCGCUGGAGAGGAUCCUGAUAUACGCGAUCUCCGCGAUUACAUCACCAAGACCGCCGCGGAAGUAAGGGCAGUGAAAUCGCAGAUCCACCACGCCACGAGUGCUGCCCCAGAAAUCGACAGGCUGCUCGAGGUGGCUCGUAAAACGCCCUUCACCGCGCGAAUCUCCGAGACUGUGUCUAAUCCGGGAAAGCUCAAGAUACCGAUGUAUAACGGUAUGACCGAUCCAAAGGCGCAUCUCCAGGCGUUCCAUAUUACUAUGGGAAGAGCCAGGCUUAGAGAAAGCGAGAAAGACGCUGGUUACUGUCGCCUGUUCGUCGAAAAUCUCGAAGGUGCGGCGCUCGAAUGGUUCUCCCGGUUGAAGCGAAACUCCAUCGGAAGCUUUCGCCAACUCGCAUCGGAAUUCCUCCUCAAAUACUCUAUGUUCAUCGAUAGAGAAACUACCGAUGUCGAUCUCUGGAGCUUAACGCAAGAAGAGGGCGAGUCCCUCCGAGAGUUCAUAAGCCGAUUCAAACUGAUCAUGGCGAAGGUCAGCGGAAUCAGCGACAAAGUCGCCAUCGACGCGCUUACGAAGGCGCUCUGGUACAAGUCAAAGUUCAGAAAGUGGAUAACGCUCGAAAAACCUCGCACGAUCCAGGACGCCCUCCACAAAGCCUCGGAUUACAUAAUAAUCGAAGAAGAGACCAAAGUCCUGUCGCAAAAACAUAAGCCGACAAGGAACUCUUCGAAAGACGUGGAUCCAAAAUCAAAGAAGAAAAUCUCUCGUAACGACAACGAGUUCCAUCAGACCGAAGGUCACUCCACGGCUAACUGCAAAGUCGUAUGGGCAAGGCUGGCCGCGAAGCUGCUUGCUGGAGAACUUUCUGGAGUAACCAGCGUCAAGGAUCUAAUCCUCGACUCCGACCGUCCGCCAAAAACCAAUAAGAAUCCCACCGCAGAAAACUCGUCGCUGAGAAAUCAGGCCGGGGAAAAAUGCGAGAGAAGACCGGACGAUAGGGGGAACGAUAACUCCCGAAGGAGGGUCAACAUGAUCAUGGGAGGAUCCCAAUACUGCAAGGACUCGGUCUCGGCCAUCAAGGCCUACAACCGGAAAGCCGAGUCGACUGCGAAGUAUCCCCCACGGUCGCCUCCUCGAGACGGACGAAACAUCUCGAUCACAUUCACUGAAGAAGAGGCCUGCAGAAUCGAUCAGCCUCACUGCGAUCCCUUGGUCGUCGAUCUCGUGAUAAGAGAUCUCGAAGUCGCGAGGAUACUCAUCGACACCGGAAGUACGUCGCGACUUUGUUUUCUAGCGGAGCAUAAGUUAAGGCAGAUCACGACGACCUCCACGGUUAAACGCAAGCGAACUCAGCCUUCCGCCGAGGAUGCCCCGACAAAGGGCACAGCGACAUCUCCAGCGGAAGCAGAUUCGGAGAUCGGAACCAUCCCCAACUCCGAAGACAACGUCACAACUCAGCGGGAAGAGGAAAAUCCCGAGGUGGACGUCGACCCCGCGACUAAAGCGGUCGACGAAAUACCAACCGACGAGUAA